AGAAGGGUUUUAUUAUGUAGUUGGACACUUGUGAGUUCGAAUUAUGAGCUAACCAAUUGGUCCACUUGUGAGAUCGUCCACGGCGGAGCUUCGACGAUCGAGCUGAGGAUUUCACGUCAUUCGAAAGUGGAGCUCCGAGUGAUAGCUAUAGAGGAGAAAGAAAAUGGCGGGAGCUUUAAUUGGUGGCGCGGCAUUGGGUGUUCCGUUUAACGAGCUAGCGACCCUCUUGAAGAAUUUUGGCGAGAGGGCGUGGAGUUUCAAUUCUGUUCUUAACGAGACCGAAUCCAAGGUAAAUGAUAUAAUUCCUCUGGUUAAAGAAAUAGAUGGUCUUAAUGAAUCCCUGGAUUAUCCAAGAGAAGAAACGGAGAAGUUGAAAAACUUAUUAGAAUAUGCUGGAAAGCUACUUAGACGGUGUUUAAGAGUGGGGAAGGCUGAUUUGAUAAGGAAAUCAAGUCAUACAGAGAAGCUUCGUGAACUGAAUGCCAGAAUCAAAAGUUUCAGUGACGUUGUGUUGUUCCAAACGUCUAGAGACGGGAAGAAGACAUUGAGUUUAGUGACUGAGAUCAAGGAAGUCGUUCGCAGGCUUGAUAGCAAAUCUGGAUUAAGCAAUCCGGUGGAUUUAGUUGUGACGGUUCCUGUGAUUUCAGAAGAAAGUGUUGGGUUGGAAAAGCCUGUUGAGAAAUUGAAGGCCAAACUAUUUAGAGAUGGGGUUCGAUUGUUGGUAGUGACAGCUCCCGGAGGUUGUGGAAAAAGCACUCUGGCCGAAAUUUUUUGUCACGACAAGCAAGUUAAAAAUAAAUUUCAGAGAAACAUCUUGUUCCUCGUUGUCUCAAGCAAACCAGAAACGAAACGCAUCUUAAUAUCUAUAAUUCAAAGACUCGGGGGGCCUAUAGAAUCUGGUUCUGUAAGUGAUGAUGAGGCAUUCCGGUUGUUAGAAGUUCGGGUGGGGGAAUUGAGUCCAAAUCCUGUAUUGAUUGUGUUGGACGAUGUCUGGGACGGUUCUGAAUCAAACAAGCUUCUUGAAAAGUUCUCCCGAUUACCCAACUGCAAAGUUUUGGUCACUUCUAGAUUUAAGUUUCCUGCAUUUGGUGAGUCGUAUGAUUUGGAACCUCUGGACCAUAAGGAUGCAAUGGAGUUGUUUCGUCGCUGGGCAUCGAGGGGUAACAGAGUGCUACAGUUCCCAGAUGAAAGAAUUGUAGAAAAGAUAGUGAGGGGUUGUAAGAGAUUCCCACUUGCUCUGAAAGUGAUUGCAGGAUCACUUUCGGGUAGAGCCACUUCGGUUUGGGAAGUUACGGGGAGGAAAUUAUCUAGAGGAGAUUCUAUUCUGGGUUCUGAGAAAGAGCUUCAGAAGUGCCUCAAAGACACCUUAGAUGCAAUCCCAGAUGACAAGAUAGUUCUCAAGGAGUGUUUCAUGGACUUAGGUUCAUUUCCUGAAGAUCAAAGAAUUCGUGCGGCUACCUUCAUUGACAUUUGUGCAGUGUUGUAUGAACAAGAUGAAUGUGAAACAAUGUCAAACCUUGAUGAGCUCUUCACCCGGACUUUAGUUAACACUGUCUCUUUGAGAAAUAAAGCGCAUGAAGAUGAUUACUACAGCGAGUCCUAUAUUACACAGCAUGACGUACUUAGAGAAUUGGCUGUCCUUUUGACUAAUGAGCAGCCAGUAGACCAAAGAACAAGAUUGCUUGUGGAUAUUAACAAAAAUGAAUUUCCCAAAUGGUGGUCUGUAAGACAGAUGCAACCUGUGAAAGCCCGCCUUUUGUCCAUAACAACAGAUGAGAAGUUCUCAUCAUGUUGGCCUGAUAUGGAAGCACCUGAAGUUGAGGUGUUAAUUCUAAAUCCUGGGUCAGAAACUUACAAGUUACCUGAUUUUGCAAAGAAAAUGAACAGAUUGAAAGCGCUGAUAGUCAGGAAUUACAGGUCCUUUCCAACUGAAUUGACAAGUGAUUAUCAAUUAAUCAAUUGUUUGUCAAGGCUAGAAAGAAUCAGUCUUGAGCGGAUUUCAAUAUCUUCUUUCAUUGACCAGAACCUGAAGCCCCUGUGGCAUCUUAAGAAGCUAUCGUUCUUUAUGUGCAAAAUUGACAAAGCUUUCACAGACUGCUCAACUCAGAUCUCAUACAUGUUGCCUAACUUACUUGAGAUCUCCAUAGAUUUUUGCAACGAUUUGGUGGCUUUCCCUGUCGGACUAUGUGAAGUUGUCACAUUGGAGAAACUGAGCAUUACAAACUGUCAUAUAUUAUCUUCGUUACCCGAGGAAAUUGGGCAGUUGAUUAAUCUAAAAAUUCUAAGGCUUAGAUCUUGUAUUCAUUUGGAGAAGUUGCCAGAAUCAAUCUCAAGGCUCCGGGAAUUAGUUUAUCUUGACAUAUCUCAUUGUGUUGGCCUUACCAAACUUCCAGAUAAGAUUGGCAACUUGCAGAAGUUGGAAAAGCUUAAUAUGUGGAGUUGCCCGAACAUGCGCAAGCUUCCAAAAUCAGUAGGAAAUCUAAAAAAUUUGAAGGAAGUAGUUUGUGAAAGCGAGAUGAAAAUAUGGGUGAAUUUUGUCGCACCUCGGCUUGGCAAUGUGGUAAAAGAACACAAGGAAGAAAUCAACUUGGAUUUUCUAAAUUGAUGACAGCUUCUUAUGAACCUUUUUUAAGGUAUGCGUACAAUUAAAUAUUAUGGAUCAUGGGAGCAUGGCGAUGUAUUUAUAAGAGUUCAUCUUCAAAGUAUUGUUAUGGUGGGAGAGAAAUAAGAAUCAUUCAACAACUCGAGGACGGAAGAGACUUCUGUAAAGCUAAGCUUAAGGCUUUGUGCUAUCGCUGCAACAAAGGACCUUUUUUGUCGAAUGCUUCUUUUAGCAUUCAAGCGCAAAUUGCUGAAGAAAAUCCAAAAAAUGUGUGCAUUUUCUUAUUUUUAUUUACGCUGCCUUGCCUCUCAAAAGCUGCGGCUAAUUUCUUCAGAAUUCAGUGGGAAGAAUUAUCAAGCAAGUAAAAUCUGAACAUAUGUAUGAAAUAUCUGGAAUUAGAAUCUCAAACUAGGCAACUUAUAGAUCAAACUUCUAAGUUUUUUUUAGUUCAACUGCUGCUGUGGUUGGGAAUUGUAUCAUCACUCUUUAGAAUGGUAAUUGAUGUAUCAUAGUACUUGACUGAAAUCCACGAGCUUUUCCUUUAAGAGCAAUCAAUUGUUUUAAGUCGAUAAAGUAUGGUAUAGCUCAUCUUGUAAUACUUUUGUUAGAGCUGCUUUGUGAACCAUAUGGGAUUUUGGGUUUCAUCAAAAUGCAAGGUUUUGUAUUGUGAUCUUUGCAACAUAACAUUCAUUUUGGCAA